AAUCCAAUUGGAUCUUCCACUACCAAAAUCCAGGGGAUAUGGUGGGCCAAUCAACGCGUGCCGCUGAAGAAGGCCAUUUAGAUUCAGGGAUUGUCACUUAACCUUCUUUUUUCUUCAUUUGUUCUCCCCUUUCUGACUCCUCAGAGAUCAAUGGCACCAAGGUUUGGGUAGGGAUUAAUUGACGGUACUCUGUGGAUUGUGGAUGGAGAAUUGGAGGAGAAGAAAAUGGGUUUCUUGUUGCAUCGAGAAUCUCUGAUUGUGUUUCGAUUUUGGGGGAAAAUAUGUUGGAUUUUGCUGGGACGCCUGGGACAUUGACUGGGUUUGUGUUGAGGAUUCUGCAAUGUGUUCUUGCUGUUGGGUCUGUCGCUUCUAUGGCCACUGCUUCUGGCUUCUAUAACUUCACAGCUUUCUGCUACGUGAUCGCAUCGAUGGGUCUGCAAGUGACAUGGAGUUUUAUGCUGGCACUGUUAGAUGCAUAUGCAUUGGCAAGAAAGAAGGUGCUCCAUAAUCCUAUUUUGGUCAGCCUCUUUGUAGUUGGGGAUUGGGUGACAGCAACAUUGUCUCUCGCUGCAGCUUCCGCCUCCGGUGGGGUAGCGGUAUUGUUCUUCAGCGACUUGGGACGUUGUAGUUUCGGAGACGAAUGCCGAAAGUUCCAAAUCUCUGUUGUUUUAGCCUUCUUAAGCUGGAUAACCAUAGCCAUUUCAGCUCUGAUUAUGCUCUGGAUAUUGGCUGCAGGUUGAAAACAUACUCAUACCGCGAAAUUAAGUAAAACUCUGUUCAUUUUUUUCUACAAAGAAAGGAAUCAAGAUUGAUAGAAUGAUACCAAAGAGCAAAAUUAAGUGUUUCUUUUCUUUUUCACAAUCGGCUAUUGAUGGGACUUCAGAGUCAAACUUUAGGGUGUUGGCCUUGUACAGAUUCAUUAUAGAAUCUUUUCCCUUCUAUGGGCUUGUUUGGUUGGCCAUUUAAUGGAAUAUUUCAGCCAUUCAUUUGUUGGAAUUGGAACCGCCAAGUGGCAUCCAUCGAGUGGAACGGUAUUCUUCAGUAAAAGAAUAUGGUUUAAAUGA